AUGGAAGACUGGAAGAAAGAAACAGACUUCACUACCGUCGAGGCCCUACACAAGGACCUGGCCCAACCACUGAGUACAUACCAUGAUCCCUCGUUGGUGUCCACUGAGGAAGAAAUCUUGGAUUUUUACACGAAGUUUGGUAACUUCCUCAACCACGUGGCCCACACCGACACGGAAGCUGGCAAGGCGUUUUUUGAGCUGAAGGAUUACUUCAUUUUUGACUUGAUGGGAACUGUAUCUCGCCCAAACCUAGAGGCUCAUUACGACCACAUCACACCCUAUUUGGGAAAGACGAACCAGCGGUUCAGACAGGUUGAAAUCACCGCAGUGACUCCUCAUUUCGGCUACAUUACCGCUGUUCAGCGUGUCGACGGGACUGCGGCUGAUGGGUCGCCGUACGACUUUUCAUUCCGCUCGACAUCUAUGGUUCGAAAGGUAGAGGGUGUGUGGAAGUACGUCCACGAGCACUACUCAUUUCCAGUGGAUAUGGCCACGAAGAUUGCAGACUUCACUGGGAAGCAGGGGGCAACGGAGUCAGUGGAGUUUAAGAAGAAGUAG